AUGUCAAGCUUAAAGGGAUCUUUUAUAAAGAGAAAGCCGGCAAAGAGCCAGGCUGCGAAGAAGCAUCUGCGAAAGAAGGAGUCAAGAGAGGUCGAGCUUAUAAAGCAGGGAAUGUUCAUUAGAGGACAAAACACAUCACAUGCUAUAUUACAACUACUCAAAGACUUGUAUGUACUUAAGAAGCCAGAUGCAGUUCAAUAUAAUAGAAAGAAUGAUAUCCAUCCAAUGGAGUCGGCAGAGUCGAUUGAGUUCUAUGGAGACAAGUCCAACAGCAGUUUGUUUGCAUUCGCCUCACACUCAAAGAAGCGUCCCAACAACUUGGUGAUGGGCCGUCUGUUUGACAACACCAUCUUUGAUAUGUACGAGCUCGGUGUCGAGUACUACCAGCCGAUCGAGGCAUUCGACGGCGAGAAAUCCAACAUGGGCAACAAGCCCUGCUUCAUCUUCAACGGACAGGAGUUUGAGACAAAGGACGAGUUCAAGCGCAUUGGCAACAUGUUCCUCGACUUCUUCAGGGGUCGCGUCGUCGAGUACAUCAACCUCGCCGGUCUGGACCACGUCAUCGUGCUGACGGCCGUCGACGACCGCAUCAUGUUCCGCCACUACAGCAUCGUCUUUAAGCGAUCGGGCACCAAGAUCCCCAAGGUCGAGCUGCAGGAGAUGGGUCCAUCGUUCGACUUCACCAUCCGUCGCUCCAAGACACCGUCGCCCGACGUCGAGAAGGAGGCACUCAAGGUGCAUCGCUCCGUCAAGCCCAAGGUGGACAACAACAACAUCGAGAAGAACGAGCUUGGCGAGACCCUGGCCACAAUUCACAAGGGAAGACAGAAUUUCAACGAGAUUGCCAUCAGACACGUCAAGGCGCUGCGCAAGAGGAAGUCGGACGACAACGACAACCAAGACGAUCAGGAAUAA